UCGACCAGAAAGACAAGGAAGGGGUGUCCCAUCUCUGCACAUCUCUGUUGGAUGUCGUCCUCCGAUGGGAGAAAGAUUAUGCCUUUCCGUGAGUUGCCUACGAGGCCGAGGAUGGCGGUGCCGGCGUGGCUCCCGAUGAUGGAGGAGAAGCAAGUCAAGUUUACCCUUAGCGUUGUGAAUGGGGUGUACCAGAUGUUCAAGCAAGAGGAAGACGCCACGAACGAGCUGAUUCGAACGUUCGAAACUAGAGACGAUGACGUUUUCGUGUGCACGUUUGUCAAGUCGGGCACGACGUUGACCCAGCAGAUCAUCACUCUGCUCCUUAACAAGGGAGAGCAGGGGGAGAAGAACUAUACUUCAGUCGUGCCGUGGAUGGAAUCGCUCUUGUUUAGGCAGCCGGAGAACCCGUCUCCUGAAGAUGAACGGGACCGCGAGGCGCAGGGCUGGACGCUCGAAAAGAUCAAGUCGACACCUAACAGGCGGUUCUUCAAGUCGCACUCUAACCUCAAGCAGUUGCCGGUGGGCAGUGCCAAAGGGCUAAAGGUUAUCUACGUUGCGCGGAACCCCAAAGACGUCAGUGUUAGCCUUUUCCACCACGUCCGCCACAAGCAAAAGGCGGUGUUUGACGGGGACCAGUCGGACAUGAUCCGCUGUUUCGUCCAGGGGAGGUGCCAGAACGGUUCGUGGUUCAACCACGUGCUCGAGUGGUGGGAGGCAGCUCAGGCGGACCCCGAGCAUGUGUUGUUUCUGCACUACGAGAACAUGCUCAAGGAGCCGGAGGAGAACAUCCGGAAGAUCGCCGAUUUCGCAGGCAUCGAGCACACGCCCGAAACGAUUGCUAAGACGGCUGCCGCGUCCACCAUUGACUCUAUGAGGCAGAACCCAAAGGCCAACAUUAAGCCCAGCGAGAAUCACUUGCGCAAAGGGGGCGCCGGGGGGUGGCGGGACGUGUACACGGCGAGAGAGUCGGAGGCCUUCGACGAGAUCUACAUGCAACAGAUGGAGGGCACCGGUCUCCGGAUGGACUUCGGGGAAGGGCUCGUCAUGCCCUAG